AUGGCCUCUCUUAUUAGAAGCACUGCAUUUUGUUUGUUAAAAGCAAGAACACUCGCUGCUCCCGUAGUCACCCGCUCGUUUGCGUUUAGAACGGUCAAGAUCGAGCCCCAUGCCGAUAACAAGCAGCACUCGGACGCCGAGUGGAGACUGUCUCAAAGCCCUGUAAUUGAAGUAAGCGAGCCCGUUAUCAUUUGCGACGGAGGCUGUGGACCCAUGGGCCACCCCAUGCAGUACUUGCGUGUGAAUGGACCGAACGGUGGUGUAAACCGCUGCCCCUACUGUGGACAGAAGUUCAAAUACGUUCCCAAGCACUAAAUUGUAAGAAGUUGUGUGAAUUUCAUUUAUCGU